ACAACCUGCCGCUGGCGUCCAUGGCAGCCGCGGAGGUGUACUCGCCGACCGCGGCGGCGGCGGCGCAGCACCAGCAGCGGGGGAAGGCGGCGACGCAGGCGUGGCAGGCGGUCGUGGGCUGGAUCGGCUUCCUCCUCCAGGUCCUGCUCCAGAUCCUCCGCGGCACGCCCUCCUGCGCCCAGCUCCUGUCCUUCGUCGGCUUCCGCUACCCCCUCCUCUCCUCCACGGCGGGCUCCGACCAGCCGCUGCCGGAGGUGGCCUUCAUGCCGCUCCGCUCCGAGAUCCCGGCCGACGCGGCUCCUGUCCCGGCGCCCCCGCUGGAGCCCCUGGACCGCCUCACGGUAGUGCUUGACUUGGACGAGACUUUAGUUUCUGCGUAUGAGUCAUCUGGUCUUCCUCCUAUUGUACGCGCCCAAGCUGUUGAAGCGGGACUACAUUGCUUCGACAUGGAGUGCAUAUCCACUGAUAAGGAUGCUGAAGGAAAACAAAAGGUGAAUCAUGUUACUGUUUUUGAACGUCCUGGUCUACAUGAAUUUUUGAAGAAAACUAGUGAAUUUGCAGAUCUUAUCCUAUUUACAGCAGGUUUGGAAGGUUAUGCAAGACCUUUAGUGGAUAGAAUAGAUGCCAACAAUAGAUUCAAACUCCGUCUCUAUCGUCCAUCAACUGUUACUACGGAGUACAGAGAGCAUGUGAAAGAUCUUUCUUGCCUGUCCAAAGAAUUCAGUAGAAUCGUCAUCGUCGACAACAAUCCGUUCAGCUUCAUAGUGCAGCCUUUGAACGGAAUACCUUGUGUUCCAUUUUCUGCCGGACAACACUCAGAUGAUCAAGUAACUGAUAAUACACAUCAAUCAUUUAGUGGUUCUGGUUUUCUAGUUUCUACAGAGAGAUGUGAGGCCAGCCUUGUACGAAAGGUUUCAUAUGCCUGAAUGGUUGCAAAAGCAUGGGAUCCCCGAACUGAUCAUGCAGUGUGAGAAUUGUUUAGAUGGAGGAUCAAGUGCCUACCAAGCCAUAAGUCCCUUA